AUGUCCUUACUGGCACCCCCAGGAAAUCUAUCUCCCCGUCCCCGUCAUGAGAUCGUGACGGGCAGCCGACUGUUCACCGAUCUCCCUCCAGAUCCAGAGGCGUGGGAUGCCGACACUCUGCAACGCCUCGAAAACACGCUAUGGGCACUCUUCGAUAGUCCCUUGAACGUGCCAGCCUUUGAGCUGUUCGUUCGCUGCCAAAUCCUCACACCCCGAUGGAUGCGGUCGCUCAUGCGUUCGGGACAGCAAAAGAACUUUCCGGUCCUUCUGCUUGCUAUGUUUCAGUGGAUCACCUACGACCCGGCGGCCAUUCCCUGCGACACUCACGAUAUCACAACAUUCUUGAUGUCGCACAAGGGAUUAAAGCCAGAGGUUAUCGACCUGAAAGCCAACCCUCAAGUAUAUAUGCGAGGCCUCGUCAAUAUCACUCUCCGUUGGAUGUUGAACUCCCGCUUGGCGUCUUUGCCUCGCCUGGGCCGGGUUAAAGACUUGUACACGAGCUUAGGUUCACUUGCUCACAUCCGACGUUUUAUAGAGGACAUUGAGACUGCUCCAGAGGCGUGGGAUGCGGACGCUCUUCAAUGCCUCGAAAGCACACUGUGGGCUGCUUUCAACAGUCCACUGGACUUCCUCAACUUCGAGUUGUUGGUCCGCUGCCACAUCCUCACACCCCGAUGGAUGCGGUCGCUCAUGCGAUCGGAACAGAAAGAAAGCUUCCCUGUCCUGCUGCUUGCCAUGUUUCAGUGGAUCACCUACGACCCCGCCAUUCCCCGCGACACUCACGACAUCAUGGCAUUCUUGAUGUCGCACAAGGGACUCAAGCCAGAGGUCAUCGCUCCGAACGCUGACCACGUCAUAUGCCGCCGGGCCGGUGCUGCCAUUACUCUGCGCUGGAUGUUGAAUUCACGCCUGGCAUCAUUACCUGACCCAGUCCAGCUUACAGACCUGUACAUGCCCUCAGCCAUGGAAACGAUCGCUCAGAUCCGACGUUACGUAGAGGACAUGACGUUGGACGACGACGAGGACAGCGACAUAAACAAUGUCGGCGAGUUGAUUGACUGA